CCUGCCCUGGAGGCUGCGCCGCGGCUGUGGCUGCGUGCGGCAAGCUGCUCAUCGAGGCAGAUCCUGCGCUGCGGCCCGAGGGUAGUGCUCGAGGCGGACGAAGCCCCUCUGCACUGCUAGCCGAGGCAGAGAAGAGCACCGUCGCAGAGGAGGAAUGCUCUCAGCCCAGCCGUACAAAAGGCGGCAGCCGGGUCGUCUUGUCCGCCGCUCCUCAUUCCAAAAUCACAGCACCUCGCACUAUACACCACACACCUACCUCUCGCCAUGUCGACCAGCAUGGAAAAGUCCGUCAGCUCGCACUCGGAGCAGCACCGCUCCGUGCUCGCCUGGGAGGGGCUCACGUACACCGUCAAGGACCACAAGACGGGCGCCGCCAAGCAUCUCGUCAACGACGUCAGCGGCCGCGUGCAGGGCGGCGAGCUGCUCGCCGUCAUGGGUCCGUCGGGCGCCGGCAAGAGCACGUUCCUCGACCUCAUCGCCUCGCGCAAGACGGCCACGAGCGGCAGCAUCACGCUCGACGGCUCGGCCCUCUACCGCAUCGGCCGCGACGCCGCGUACGUCGAGCAGGAGGACGCGCUGCUCGGCGUGCUCACCAUCCGCGAGACGCUCAGCUACUCUGCGCGCCUGACGCUGCCGCGUGGCACAGACCGCCCAGCAAUCCGCCGGCGCGUCGAGGAGACGAUCGUCGGGCUUGGCCUGGCGCACGUGGCCGACAACAUCAUCGGCACGCCGAUCCAGCGCGGCAUCAGCGGCGGCCAGAAGCGCCGCGUCACCAUCGGCAAUGCGCUCGUGAGUCGUCCGCGCAUCCUCUUCCUCGACGAGCCGACGAGCGGCCUCGACUCGGCUACUGCGUUUGAGGUCAUGGCCGUGAUCCGCCAGCUGGCCGUCGAGCACGGCAUUGCAAUCGUCGCGAGCAUCCACUCGCCGAACUGGGCCACCAUCUCGCUCUUUGAUCGUGUCCUGCUGCUCGCCGCUGGCCAGACGAUGUACGACGGGCCCGUCACCUCGAUCCGCUCCUACUUCACGCAGCGCGGCCAGGCGUGCGACGAGAACACGAACCCGGCGGACCACAUGCUCUCCGUCGUCAGCUCCGACUUUGGCUUCACCUCUGCGCUCGAGGAUGGCCUGUGCCCCGGGAACGUUGCAGCCUGGGCUGCCGAAUGGAGUCGCCAGACCGACGUGCCUCGCACCCCCGGCGCGCCGGCCGUGCCGUCCACCACGGCCAGCGCCGACAAGCCACGCAGCCUCGCAAGCAAGACGUGGGUGCUGACGGAGCGCAACUUCCUCAACUACUCGCGCAACAUUCUCGCGUACGGCGUGCGUGUGGGCAUGUACAUCGGAAUGGCGGUGCUGAUCGCGCUCGUCUGGAUGAACAUGAAGCAGGUUGACGACCGCAUCAACGACCGUCUCUCGAUCCACUUCUUCAUGCCGGCUUUCCUCGGCUUCAUGGCCGUCGCCGGCAUCCCGGCUCUGCUCGAGGAGCGCUCGGUGAUGCUGCGCGAGCGGCGCAACAACCAGUACACGUCGGGCGCCUUUGUCAUCGCCAACACGCUCGUCACGCUGCCGUUUCUCUUUCUCAUCACGCUGCUCUUCUCGGUCAUCGUGUACUGGAGCAUCGGCCUCAACGACUCGGGCGCCGGCGUCUUCUUCCGCUUCGUCGCCUAUCUCUACCUUGCGCUGCUCUGCGCCGAGUUCCAGGCGCUGCUCAUCGCAGCCGUGGUGCCCAUCUUCGUCGCUGCACUGGCGCUCGGUGCCUUUGCCAACGGCCUCUGGAUGGCGACGCAGGGCUACUUUGCGCGCCGCCUGCCCAGCUGGCUGUACUACAGCCUGCACUUCGCCGGCAACUGGCAGACGUUCGCCUUCCAGAACCUCGUCAAGAACGACCUCGACGGCCUCGUGUUCCCCUGCGCUGGCUCGCUCGCCGACGCAACCUGCCAGUGCUCCUUUCCCUCGAGCCUCAUCGCGCAGGGCCAGUGCGCCGUGGCGGGCAGCGACGUGACGCGCUACCUCGGCUUCGACGGCGUGUCGACGACGCUGUAUGCGUUCCUCCUGCUCAUCAUCGCCGUGGUGUUCCGCCUGCUCUUCUGGGCGGCCAUUGCGGCGCGCAAGUAGGCUUCCGCGACACAUGCUGUGCAUAUACCCACCACUGAGGCUCAUGGCUCGACAAGCACACUCUCUGUCCGUUGUGCUGCCCGCCGAGUGGCGUGAGCUGCAGCUGCAAGGAAGCUUGGCUUUUGGGCCCUUGGCAUAAGGGUGUGCCCGAAGCCUUCUGGCGUGUCGCAGCAAGGUGGACUGCAAAGUGACCUUGUGUGACACUCGCUGGAACGCACCUGAAGCCGCAUGGCGCCCCGCAUGGUCAUGGCUGAAG